CAUGGUAUUUGGAUGCAGGAAGCAGUUGUCCUCAUAAUAUAAAUAAACACAGUGCAAAAGAUCUUCUUGAAAUUGGCCGUUAUUAAGGAGUAUUUUCGGACUUAUAUUUGCUUUUUAGCGCUGUAAAAUAUGGCUACGACUGCUCAGUUAUUCGAGGAGCCUUUUGAUGCUGAUGAGUAUAUUGAGAGACUGGCAUGGAGAACUCCUGGAGGAGGUUCCAAAGGAGGAGCAGAGGCAUUUGACCCCAAAAAGUUGCUGGAGGAGUUUGUCAAUCACAUUGAGGAGCUAAAACAGCUGGAUGAAAGGAUCCAGAGGAAGGUGGAGAAAUUGGAGCAGCAAUGCCACCGUGAGGCCAAGGAGUUUGCCCACAAGGUCCAGGACCUGCAGAGAAGCAACCAAGUGGCCUUCCAGCACUUCCAGGAGCUGGAUGAACAUAUCAGCUAUGUGGCCACUAAGGUCUGUCACCUGGGAGACCAGCUUGAAGGAGUGAAUACCCCAAGACAGAGGGCUGUGGAGGCCCAGAGACUCAUGACAUACUUCAACGAAUUCCUGGAUGGAGAGCUGCGUAGUGAUGUCUUCAACAAUCCUGACAAGAUAAAAGAAGCUGCUGACAUCAUUCAGAAGUUGCACCUGAUUGCUCAGGAGCUGCCGUUUGAUAGAUUUUCUGAUGUCAAGGCCAAGAUAGCAAGUAAAUAUCAUGACCUUGAGCGUCAGUUGAUCCAGGAGUUCACAGCAGCUCAGCGAAGGGGAGAGAUUGGACGCAUGCGUGAGGUGGCGGCUGUCCUGCUUCAUUUUAAGGGUUAUGCCCACUGUGUGGAUGUCUACAUCAAGCAAUGCCAAGAGGGAGCAUACAUGAGGAAUGAUGUGUUUGAAGACGUAGCCGUUCUGUGUCAGCGUGUUAAUAAGCAGGUGGGAGAGGUCUUCUGCAGUCCAGAGACUGUCAUGGCUAAACUCAUUCAGAGCAUCUUCGAGAACAAAAUCCAGGCUCAUGUCAAAGAAAAACUUGAUGAGACCCGCAACUCUGAUGUGGAGCAAUACCUCAAUAACCUAUAUGACCUCUAUACAAGGACAACGUCACUGGCUACUAAGCUUACAGAUUUUAACUUGGGCUCAGACAAACACACAUUUUUAUCUAAACUGAUAAAGAACAUUUUCUCCUGUUACCUGGAGAGCUACAUAGACAUGGAGCGUCAGUAUCUACAAAACCGUAGUGGCAUGAUUCUCCAACGCUACUAUGACUCAAAAAACCACCAGAAGCGCCCUGUAGGCACGGGCAGCAUCCAGGAGCUAAAAGAGAGGAUCAGGCAGCGCACCAACCUGCCACUUGGACCCAGUAUUGACACACAUGGAGAGACCUUCCUCUCACAAGAGGUUGUAGUUAACCUGCUGCAGGAGACCCGGCAUGCCUUUGAGAGAUGCAACAAAUUGUCGGACCCUGCAGAUCUACCAAAGAAUGCCUUCUCCAUCUUCCUGCUUUUAGUCGAGUACCUGUGUAUGGACCAUAUAGACUACGCCCUUGAGAUUGGGCUCUCUGCCAUCCCAUCUGCGGAUGCCAAAAAUGCCAACCUGUACUUUCUGGAUGUCGUCCAGCAGGCCAACACAAUCUUCCACCUCUUUGAUAAGCAGUUUAACGAUCAUCUCAUGCCUCUUAUUAGCUCCUCUCCUAAGUUGACGGAGUGCCUGCACAAGAAGAAAGAGGUGAUCGAACAGAUGGAAGUGAAGCUGGACACUGGGAUUGAUCGGACACUGAAUUGCAUGAUUGGUCAAAUGAAGCAGAUCCUGGUCACUGAACAGAAGAAAACAGAUUUCAAGCCAGAAGAUGAGAACAAUGUCAUGAUACAGUACACCACAGCAUGCUCUAAGGUGUGUGCCUACGUGAGCAAGCAAGUGGAGCGUGUGCGGAGAUCCAUGGACGGUAAAAAUGUGGACACUGUUUUGACUGAACUGGGAGUGCGGUUCCACCGUCUGAUCCAUGAGCACCUGCAGCAGUUCAGCUACAGCUCCAUGGGUGGCAUGCUGGCCAUCUGUGAUGUGGCAGAGUACCGGCGUUGUGCCAAAGAUUUCAGGGUUCCUCUUGUGCUUCAGCUCUUUGACACACUUCAUGCUCUGUGUAACCUCCUGGUAGUUGCCCCGGACAACCUCAAACAGGUGUGCUCUGGAGAGCAGUUGACCAACCUUGACAGGAACCUCCUUCAUGCUUUCGUCCAGCUGAGAGUAGACUAUCGCUCAACCCGACUUGGGCGGCAUUUCAGCUAAUGACUGGCAGGGCUGCCCAAUUCCACACAGCCUACCUAUCUGCAUCCAUUCAGAGCUGCCCUAGUGGUAGACAAGAAACACAAGUGGCCAAGCAGAGUGGGAAUUCACUUUUGUUGAAAGAACAACAGUUGUAAAGCCAGACUCUUCCCUGAUUGCUCCCUUUUAUGUUUUAAAGGGAUAGUCCACCCCAAAGUUAAAAUUAUUUUCUGCAUUUACUCAUCCUCUUGUUCCAAACCUAAAUAACUAACAAUGAACAAUUGCUUUUUUAUUAACUAACAUUAACAAAGAUUAAUAAAUGCUGUAAAAAUAAACUCUUUAUUGUUAGUUCAUGAGACCCAAUGCAUUAACUAAUGUUAUGACUGGAACCGUCUUGUAAAGUGCUACUAAAUUUUCCUUUUGGAGUGAACCGUCACUUUAAAUAUCCCAUUUCAGUCUAUGUUCACAUUUUUAUUGUGAACAUGGUAUUUCAUCUCAUAUGUGCUUUUCUUUUGAUUGUGAUUUAAUUGCUAAUGUUGGAGAAUAUGACCAGUGUAGAGGGAUGUUUUGUACAUUUCUCAGCUUCUCACUAGUGUUCUAGAGACUGCGUUUGCGUUUAUUUUGAUUGUGCCAAACCCAUCCACUGUGGCUUUUCUGGGACGAGAGGAGCAGUUCUGUCCGCUGCUUUGGAUCAGUGAACUAUUGAUGCUUGUUACACUCUGGCUGUUGUACGCACAUAGGGCUUGACUGAGAUGAAGACUCCUUUUUGAGCAGAUCAAUGGACAUGUUAUACAAACGUUUAUUCUGUCCUAUUACAUUUCAAACUCGUAAGAAUAACAAACAAGAGGACAGGUGAUUGUUCUAAACUUGAGCGUGUGACAUAUAUAUACUCAUGUUUAAAGGAAUAUUUUACCCAAAAAGGAAAAUUCUAGCAUUACUUAUUAUAAUCAGUCCAAAUCCAUAUCAUGUAGGUCUUUUCCAUCCAAUGACAACAGUUCAUAGUGACCACAGAUGUCAAGCUUCAAACAAAUGCAUAAAAGCACCAUAAAAGGAGUCCAUUUGACUUGUGUGUGAUAUUCCAAGUCUUCUGAAGCCAUACAAGGGAUGCAAACUACUCACCUUUCAGCUAAAGUCACCUUUUUUUAAAGAAAAUAUACCCAAAUUAUUUGGAAAAAUUUUCCUUUUCUUAUUCAAAUCAUUUGAAAGGGUUACUUUAAGCUUAAACACUAAAACAAAAAAUUGAAAAUAUACAUCUGAAACACCUGAACACCUCUCAUGAGUUUGCAUCCCUGCAUACACUAGCUUUGUGUGAGGAACAGAAGAAAAUAUUGGUCAUUCACAGAAAAUCAUCCUCCACAUCAAACUUGACGUUGAGUUAAUGCACCAUUUUUUGUCUUGAAUCUGUACACAAUCACCAAUGAGACUUCAGAGUCUUUGAUUAUCAGUAAAUGAUGACAGAAUUUUCAUUUUGCGGUGAAUAAUUCCUGUAAUUCAUCUCCAUCUGAUUUACUUAUGUUGCCCUCAAACUUUCGAACUGUUAUACGUUGAUAGAUGUGCUCAGUGCUGAAAUAUAUGAUUUCAGACUUGAAUUGCAAGUCACACCGAACUACCAGAUUUCUGAAAUCUAAAACAAUGAUCACAUCAGUGCAAACAACUAAAUGCGGUCACUUGCCAUUAAAGUUAUACUUGCGUACCUCCAUAUACUGUACCAUAUAUUGCUUCACUGCUCAGUAGAAAUGAGGUAAACAGUUUUGAGGGAUGGAUGAGACUUUUGACAUCUAUAAGAGCGCAGGUCACAAGGUGUCGAGUCUUCUCUAUAUGAGAAAUGGGUUGAUUUUAUAUGUGGUAUUUGCUUUAUGUAGUGUGAUAUCUGUAUGAUUAUUCUGAAGCUAAACACUGACUUGCAUCAGUCACUACUCAUUAAUCCCAUGACACCAUCAUCUGACAGGGCUGUGUUGAAUGCAGUAGUGUCAUAUGACUAGUUAAAUUGUAACCCUUAACCCCUCUGUUGAAAAGGCAGGGAUCAAGAUCAGUGACCCUUAGGCUUGACAUUGGUGGUUGACUGUUAGAAAGGAUUAGGUGGUCUGAUUCUGAUUUCGUUAUAUUGUACUGAUUUAAACAGGAAUUCAUGGCAGAACGAUCUGAAAGGAAUCACUUGCACAAGCUGCUCAUCAUAAUCAGUUAUUUCUGAAAAUGUGUGAAAUUGCCCUUUUUCCUAUUAAUGAGAGAAGUUUCUUUGAGGGUGGCCUCAAAGCCCCUGGGUCAUUCCUAAUUUUUCAUGUCCCCAUUAUAUGACUUAGCAUUGGAUUAAAUAUUAAACACAUUUUAAGAUGGGAAUCUGAUUACUUCAUUUUCUUUUAUCACAAUUAAGUGAAUGUGCGAAUUCUUACUAUCUUCGCCAUGUCUCUGAGUGCUAUAACCUAAUUUCAUUUUAUUCCUUCUCUAAUUGAAUGUUUUUAAUAAAACAUGGGAAUUUUGGGAAUAUUGUUUUUAUUUGUAAUCAGUGCAUGAAUAUUGCAAAUGUACUUAAAUUCAAUAUUACAUUCCAUACUGUUAGUAUUUUAUGUCCCUUUAACUAAGAAAGGCUGGCUCCAUUCAACUCUAGUGCACAUUUUGGAGCAAUUGUUCACAACCAAAUGUAAAACUACAUUUUUACAGAAGAAAAAAAAAUCCAAUAAUUCUUAAAUAAUACUGUAUGUAUUUACAAUCUUAUGAUGAACACAACAAAAAAAAAAAUCUAUUUUUAUUUAUUUAUUGUUGUUCUAAAUUUGUAAGCAUGUAAUUCUGAUUCUGUUUUCUGCAUCUCCCUGCAAAUAGUCUUAUUUUAUUCCAAUAGAUGGCAGCAAGUACUCGAAAACAAUAUUGCAUCUUCCAUCACAUUAUACAGAUCUGAAAUGUAGGUGGCACUCUUAACGCAUAUGAAAACUGUUAGAUGUUUGUUAGAUGUCCAGUCUAUUUUGGAUUGCAUGCAUGUUCCCCACUUUUUCAUUGCAUAUCUCAGCCUCUGAAAACAUUUUGCAGCUGAUUUGUUUAUCAUGUUUUCUGCUGGAUUGCAAUUUUGUUCUGGACAUCUGAAAUAUAACAUUGGAUUAUUUAACCAAGUAAGCACACAGACAAGUAAAAAUUGCUAAUUUUGAAGAAAACAUCCUAAAUUAGUAACAGAUAUGGAGUUUGUUGCUACUUGUGGCUUACAGAAGCAGUGAUUGAGCAGACAUGAGACAUUUGUCUUUGUUGUCUUAAUUAAUUUUUCACAUUGUAAACAAAAUAAACUGUACUGUCACAUUUGUGAUAAUGAGAGCUUUCGUUUGAUAU